AUGGUCGUGCUGGGGCUGUUCCAGAUAGCCUUCAGCACGGUGUGUGUCGUCAGCGGGUUCAUAGAUGGCGUUUUCAGAACUGAGUCUCAGCUGGGCAAAACCAGAGCUCCAAUUUGGGCUGGGAUGGUGAUGGGAGUCCCGGGAGUCCUGGCUUUGUUUUCCUCUCAGAGGAAGAAUCCAGUUCUCGUGAAUGUGCUGAUAGUUGCUUCCAUAAUCUCUUGCGUUGCCAUCCUCAUCGUAAUAGUUUAUAGCUCCCUCACACUGAACUAUGGUGAAGAGGAGGAGCUGAGUUCUGCCCCAGUCCAUGUUAUCCAUACCAAGUUCGUACUUAAUAAAGUAGUGAAGGGUGCUAACGUAGCCAUGCUAGCUGCAUCUGUCAGCAGUGCUUUUGUUGUGCUGGUGAUUGCUUACUUGGGAUGCCGGAGUCUUCCAUGCUGCUCGUGCUACGACAGUGUAACUGGGAUGGAAUGGUUGCAACCUAGUGAGGACCAAAAUCAGGCUGUGGAAAUGGUUUGCGCUGUACAAAGCCGUGGGGACAGAAUUUUUAACUUCCCAGAUCAGUUUCCAGCCCAGGACUUAGAUGCAGAGGAAGACGCAUCCAAACCUCCACCAUAUAUCAGAAUGGCUUGA